AUGUGUAAAGUUGAAGCACUGCUGAAACUCAAACGGCUUAAUGAGGCUCAAACAGAACUAGCUUUUGUUCCCAAAGUAGAGCCAUACGCAUCCCCAUGGCCUGCCUCUUUCUCACAGUCACAGACUCGGUUUUUCGAUAUGAACCCUGGAGCUUACACAAUUUUUGUCAAGUCCCAAAUGGAUUUGGCUCUAGGAAGGUUUGAUGAUGCAGCUUCAGCUGUCACGGAAGCUUUAGAGGUCGAUCCACAGAACACUGAAAUCAAAAUUUUGAAGACGAAUGUUGAAUUGAUUCAGAGGGCUGUGUCAUACAGCAAGCUGGAGAAAUGGGAUGAAGCAGUGAGAGAUUAUGAGAUGAUAACUGAGGCACUACCAUACGAUAAAGCCAUUGCUAAAACUUUGUCUCAAGCUAAACUUGCAUUAAAGUUGCAUACUUCAUGGGUCGCUUAA